CCUGACAGCACGAGACAAACUAGCUAGCCUGAGAUAGAUUAACCGUUUUUUAUGUUACGUUAGCGUUUUGAUCGAUCAUAACUGGCGGAUGUUACACACAGAAAAGACGACGGAUUUACCCUUUGGAUUUCAAAAUGGACAUUUGAUGACCCCACUGAGUGGUUUCUGACCUGCUGAAGUUCUGUGUGUGAGGCGGUUGGGUCACGGUUCUGGCGCCAUGAGCUGGGCGGCGGACGACUGGACGGCGGGCCUGACGGGCCGGGUCCUGCAGAAGGUGCGGGAGCUGCAGGCCCAGCAGGAGCGGCUGGCCCGCGAGCGGCAGCAGAAGCAGCUGCAGCUGGACAACGCCGAGGCGGCCCUCCACAAGCACAAGCAGAAGGGUGAGGAGGUGCGUGCGGAGCUGUCGGCGGCGCAGCGCGAGCUGGCGGGGGUGCGGGAGCAGGCACAGGGGGAGGUGCGCGCACGCGAGCGGCUGGCCCAGGACCUGCAGGCGCGCCAGGCCCAGGUGUGCAGCCUGGAGGGCCAGCUGGAGGCCGCCCACACCCUCACCGGCAACCUCACCAAGGAGAUCAAGAGGCUGGAGGCGGAGCUGGAGAAGCUGCAGAGAGCCAACGGCUCCGGGGACUCAGUGUUGUUCUCCACUCCCUGCUGGAACAUGGCAUCACCCCGGGAACACAAUAGCUCCAAACUGGACGAGAGAGCAGGCCACCGUGGAGAGGGAGAGGGCAGACUGGCGCACGUCAGACAGCAGCUUCAGUUCUCCGACAGCCCCAGGUCCGUGAGCGCGGGAGCGCCCUCGCCGUUCCCCCAGCAACCGCACAAGGCCACGCCCGGCCGCCGGGCCGCACGCAACCCGGACGCCUCCACUCCCACCGCGGUGUUUCCGUGGGAACGAGAUGACACGAGGUCCGUCCCAAGGGGCAGAACAGCAUCCUCUGCGGCCCCCAGCGGCGAGCUCAUUAGCGGGGCUCAGGAUGCACCGGGGGAUUGUGGGAUGGAGGAGGACCUCAGAAAAGAGAGAGAUGCCCAGUCGCUGCAGAUCCAGGAGCUGAAGACGUGGGUGCAGUCCCUGGAGAAGGAUCUGCGUGCGGAGGCGGAGCGGCUGAAGGAGAGCGAGGCGCGGCUGGGCGAGGCCAAGCGGGAGCUGGCCGGCAGGGACCAGAGCCUGAUGCGCUCCAAAGACGAGCUGGGCCGCGCACACACCCUCAUCGGCCAGGAGAGGGACCGGGCCCAGGCCUCUGAUCAGCGGGCGAAGCAGCUGCAGGAGGAGCUGAAGUGCCAGAGGCAGAACGCUGAGACCUGCCGCAGCAACGCCGAGCAGAAGAGGAAGGAGACCGAGAGAGAGCAUCAGAGGGAGCUGCUGGAGCUGCAGAAGGAGCGGCAGGCUCUGGAGCGGCAGCACCAGCAGGAGUCUCUCAAACUCAACCAGGAGAUCCAGCAGGCCAGGACGCUACACCACACAUUACAGUCACAGCACGACAAGCUGGGUCUGCAGAAGCAGGCUGUGGAGCAGGAGCUGGACUUCAUUAAAGGGAAGCUGAAGGGCACCGAGUCCGAACUCCAGGACACUCAGAAGAGAGAGGCCCAGACACAAGCUAAGCUAACGGAGGCGCUCAGGGAUAGCGAGAGCCUCACGGUGACCGUUGAGCAGCUGAAGAGGAAGGAGAGGAGCCUGGAGGAGGAGGUGAAGAGGCUCUCGGAGGAGCUGGCUGACGCACUACGCCGCCUAAAAGAGCUCCAAGACCAGCCUCCUGUUCCUGCGGCUCCUGUAACGCCCCCCCAGUACUCCUCCUGUGGCGACGGCUUCAACCCAGUGGUCUCUUACGAUCGCCCCAGUCCUCACCAAACACAAGCCCACAAGAAGAAAGCACUCAAAGUGGACAGAACCAAAGAGGAGGCGAUCCAGAGGGCAAAGUACCCGUCGGACAGGGAGCCGGGGGAGGGCAUCGACUCGGAGCAAAUCAAGGAGUUUGGCUCGGAGCAGCCUGCAAAGGGCAGGAGAAAAAAGGGCAGGAGGGGGAAAGCAGGAUGGAGGGAUGAAGAGUCCGACCAGACGGAUGAAGCUGGAGAGGUUCUGUCUUCUGCUCUGGAGGAGGAGGACGUCAGCUGUGAUGAGGGAGAGACCAAUCAGCUUUGCCCAAAGUCACAGCUGACUGAAGUUUUAAGCAGCAGCAGUUCACCAGAAUGUUCCAGAAGCAAACCCACUCCCCCGUCGCCGAGCCACAGCCCCAGUCGCGGAGGCGGGCCGACGGACCUGAAGCGGGAGAACGUGGCGCUCCGCGACGAGCUCCGCGACGCCAAGCAGGAGCUGGAGCGUCGCCUGGACGACCUGGAGAGCCAGCGGCGCGCCGAGGCGGAGGCCCGCACCAAGCUGAAGCAGCUGAGCCGCAAGCACUCGGCCCAGACGGAGCAGCUCCGCCACAAGGCCCAGGAGCAGCAGGAGGAGCGCCAGCGCCUGGAGCGGCAGCUGGAGGAGGCGCGCCGGGAGACCGGGCGCCUGGAGGAGGCGCUGGCCGCCGCGCAGGGCCGGCUGGAGGAGAGCCGGCGGGAGAGGGACGCCGAGGCGGCCGGCGAGAGGAGCGAGUGCGAGCGUCUGAGGGAGGCGCUGACCGAGAUGGAGCGCAAGGGCCGCGAGAUGGAGGAGGAGAGCGGCCGGCUGAAGGAGGACCUGGAGGCGCUGCGGGUGGAGCUGACCCAGGAGCGCGAGGACCGCGAGAAGGGCCGUGAGGAAGAGGAGGAGGAGGAGGAGGAGGAGGUGGAGGAGCAGGGCAAGCAGGAAGGAGCGGGGAAGGAGGACCUGCUGGCCAAGGUGGCCGAACUUGAGGCGCAGCUGGACGAGCUCAGAAAGGCUCCGAAGGAAAACCUCCAGCUGAAGUAUCUGCAGCUCAACGGCAGCUGCGAUGACAACAAAGCCAUGGUCUUCAACGAUGAGGACAUCAUCCCGUCCCCCAUUGACCACGUCUCCUUCUGCCAAGCGGUCAACCUCCAGAAUGCCAUGGUCUCCCAGGAAGCCUCCACCAAGAACUUCAUCACCGACCUGGGAGCCUGUCAGAAGCUUGCAGAACAUUCCAGAAAGGAGAAGGAGGCCCGGAGCGGCCAGGCCCAGGAGCUGGAGCGUCUGAAGGUGAAGUGCGAGUCGCUGCGGAGCGAGCGGGACCGGGAGUGCGGCCGGGUCAAGGCCACCCAGAACCGCCUGGAGGCCCUGCAGAAGCAGGUGACCAGUCAGACGCAGCAGCUGACGCGGGCCUUCGAGAGCCAGAGCAGCCACAUCGAGGGCCUGCUGCUUGAGCUGCAGCAGCGCGACGUCGCCCUCCAGAGGCAGGGAGAGGAACUGCGCCUGAGCCAAGAGGAAAUGGCUCAAGUCAAGGCAGCUAAGGAGAAACUGGAGACGGAGGUCAGGACAGAGGCAUCUCAGAUAGAUAUCUCAGAUGAUACCAAAGAGGUUUCUGUCCAUCCAGAUGCCACUGUGGAUGAGAAUCAGCCUGAAACACACUGUGAUGUGACAGACAAUACUAAAGCCAAAACACUAGAUAGGGACAAUACUAAAGCCAAAACACUAGAUAGGGAGGUCGAUGUCGUAUCUGUUAAGGAUGUCUCAAACACAUCUGCCCCUAUAGAACCCCAGUCUGGGGAGCAGCACAAGGCAGUGGCACAGAGUAACACUAGCAAUGUUCCGUUACAGACUGUCGAUACUAAUACCCAGGAUGUAAACGCGACAGAUGUUCAGUCUGGCUCUCUGCCGUGUGAAAUCGCAACCUCUGGAAACCCAGUUGCCUUUGUGGAAAGUUCUGGAAACUUGAAUGAAAAACAGUCAGUGCACACUGAGACCACUGUUCAGGAGAGUAGUGGAGAAGUGCCACCGGGCGCUGGAGACGCACGACACGGAGGGCCAGCUGCUGCGUUAGCUAGCGGACAGCUGGAGCACUCCCAGAAUUCCACACUCCAGCAGAGCCCCGCAGCUGUCCUGGCCCUCGACGCCAGCACCAUGACGGAGGCGGCCGAAGAGCUGCCGGAGAUCCAGGCGGAGAUGGACCUGCUCAGGGCCCAGAACGCCCAGCUCACCCAGAGGCUGAAGGAGGCGUCAGUGGAGGACCUCCAGUCAGUCAGAGUGGAGAAUGAGCAGCUGAAGUCCAGGCUGAAGCAGUUGGAGACCGCUAGCGUCCGCGUCCAGGAGGACGUGGCAGCAGGUGGAGAGGACGAUGGGGCUCUGCGCCUGUGUCCUGAAGGCCAGGGGGAUCUCUCUGUCCAGACGUCUGAUGCUGAAAACACAGUGGAGAGAGUUCCCCCGGUUCAGCCUGUUUCUGUGCAGCCAGUGGUAACCGCAGUAACAGAAGCUACUGUGGAGAGCAGCACUGAGGAGGAAUGUGCUGGAGAGGAGACACUCGACCACUCAGACGACGCCUCACAUCAGCAACAGCUGCAGGCUCUGCUCUCGGAGCUGCGGCGGCUGACCGGGGAGAACGAGAGUCAGGCCGAGGAGCUGGAGCUCUGGAGGACGGCGGCGUCCCAGGAGCCCUCGGCGCUGUCGCCGGGGGCGACGGCAGGUCGCCAUGGAGACGGCGACCGCAUACUUGUGGUGCGGGAAGACCACAUCCUCCUCUCCUGCGGCACAAACAAACUGAGCGGACAGCUCCUGGAAACCAGGUCCAGGAUCCACCACCAUCAGGCAGAAGAGGCAGCAGGGCACCCAAGCACCACCACCACCACCACCACCCCCCCACAGCAGCAGGACUCUUCUGCACCACCCAAAGUGGAAGUGGACCAUGGUGCAUCUGUAAAGAGCCUGGAGUCUAACAAUGGUGAGCUGAUAGAUGAGGUGAGCUCUGGCCAUGAAGUGGAAACAGUGACCAAAGACUCUCGGCGGAGUGCUGAAGAUUUACGUUCUGAGACCCCCUCCGCUGACCGCGAAGGUCGUAACACUAAAGAGAACCUGUGUGGCUCCCGCACUGAGACCAAAAUAGUCACCGGACACACUGACCAGGAUCAUCAGCUGGCAGGACACCGCGCUCCUGGACCCCAUGCCAAAGCCAACAGCGUGUCCUGCACGACUGAUCAGGUGCAGAGCUCCGCAGAAACGUCUGGAGACGCCGCCGCGCCGCAGACCAAAGCAGACGACUCCGGGCCGGAGGCGGCCCUCGCCCAGACGCCGACCCGCGAGUCCCCGAGAGCGCCGGCCUGUACGGCGGAGCUGGGGGUGGGGAGCGUGUCGGUGACACCGGGCGGAACGAGCCCUGCGGAAACACACCAGUACAGCGCUGAAGAGAAGCUCCGAGCACCGGCGGCCUCGCGGGAUGGGGCCGAAGGUCAGAGUUCAGAGGGGCCUGUCAGGGGCCGUGAGAGGGCAGAGGUCAGUCGGGAGGUGACGAGUGCUGCCACCCAGACGGAGGAGACGCACGCACAGAGCCCCGAGAACACACCGCCGAGGGCCGCGCUCCUGGACGCCGGCACACAGACCGACGGAGGACCAGAGGAGGAGGAGGAGGAGGAGGAGGAGGAGGAGGAGGAGGAAGACGACGACGACGACGACGAGGUGACUGACUCGCCGUGCCCUUCACCAGGGGCGACGGCAGAGAGCGAGAGGCUACUGCUUGCCGGCGCUUUCCCCAUCCCGGCCAACCCGGCGCACCUGGCCGAGCGCAUCCGGCGCAACCGCAACCGCAUGUCGGCCGCCUACGACGACACCGAGUACGAGCCGUACGGCCUGCCCGAGGUGGUCAUGAAAGGAUUUGCUGAUAUUCCCAGUGGCCCUGCCUGCCCCUAUGUCCUCAGGAGGGGUCUGCUGGGAACCCCAGCUGUGCCUCUCCCAGCACGGGAAGAGGAGGGGGAGACAGACCCCUAAAAACCACAGAGGUUGAUGUGGAAUCCUGUCUUGAGUUGAAGCACAGCUACACCACCUCCUGCCGUCAAGAGAACACUCCACUUUGCCUGCUAGAUCCUCGGACAUUUUUUUAUUGUUAUAUUUUUUUUUUUUCACUUUAAUGUGUGGGACUCAGGAGUUCUUAAUGGCUACAGCUGUUGACAUGUGACCAAGACCCCUGAAACUGAGACCUUAUUUUGAUAUUUUCCUGGGGACACUAACCGUGGGAAGACUGAUUGUAUAUGUGCUUUAGCUGUGGAGGGAUUCUCCUGCUUUACAAAACUUGAAUUUGUGAAUAGCCUUAUUUAUAGAAGUGUGCCUGAAAUGCUGUGAGGAUCACACUGCCAUAGAUGAAUACAUGUGCUGGGAGUGUGUGUGAGUGUGCAUGUGUAUUUGAGAGUGUGUGUGUGCGAGUGUGCGUGUGCUUGUGUGUCUGUGUUUUCUGUCUAUGACUCAAACCAACCUGAGCCUUUUUCCUCUCCAUGUAUGGUUAUCCACCAUGAAGUGCUUUUUUUCUUUCUCUCUCUCACUCUCUCUUGCUCUCUCACUUUAUGUAUCUCUCCAUCCCACCACUCAUUUCUCUUUCUCCCCCUUUCGUUUCUUUUUUCCCCCUGUUUAUUACUCCGAUAUUCCAACAGUUUGCAUGUAUGAUGACAGCACAAGCACACUGCCUAUGUAGUAAUAGAACGUGUCCUGUAUGUAAGUGUCCUGUACAAUGUUACUGUGUAUGAGCAGCUCUACCUUAUCAGAUUAAUAUAUUAAGUGGAUAUUAAUCGUUUUGUUUUGUGUCGAUGCGUUAUUGGAUUGGAAUGUUUUUGUUCUGUUCUGUUUUGUUCUGUUGCUUUGGACGUGUUCCAGCCUGUUUCCAUUUUUUUUUUUUUUAAAUCAAAACUCUGGAUUGAUGUAGCAUUAGUUUAUUUUAUCGUCGUCGUUUUUAAAUAUGUUGAUUUUUGAGUCGGAAUGGAAUGGAAGGGGUAACACUGUGGCCUGCCUUGAAGCUUUCUUGUAGGACUAUUUAAAGGGAAAUUUGUAGUGCUUGCACAGAUAAACAGACUGGGUGGUUGGAUUGUAGGACGUGAUUUAGCGCCGGUGUCUGCUCCUCCGUCUACACGGAGCUGUUUUCAGCCUCGUGAGCACUCAUAUUUUAAGCUAAUGUACACACACACACUAAGGUACAGCACAGUUUAGAGAAGCUCUCCGGCACAAGCAGUUAUUCUUACUGCCUCACGCAGCCACUACUGCAGAAAGGACCCUUUUCCAAAAAUCUAAACACAACAUCAACCUGUCAAGUGGACAGAAUGCAAGACAUCAUUAUUUUCAGAUAGCACUCAGAGUUCUGACAUUAUCUUCAUUAAACUUUGAUUACAGACACAAUAUUUUAGUGCCUCCCUCAUCUGCUUUGUUGUACUAGCUGUACUUAAACUGAGGUUCACUGUGAAUCGUUUCCCUUUGCUUAAUGUCACUGCCAAUGUGCUGCCGAGUGCCUGCUUUGAUGCUUUCAGUCAGUAGCGGACUGGAUUAAAAGGGUUGCCUUGAGUA